AUGUCCCACCCUAUCAACAAAUUCCAACCGUUCCCCAACUUCUAUGUCUACCGACCAGGUUACAUGGUAGUUCCUCUGAUUCCCCUUGACGAGCUACCUUCCUGGAUCCAAGUCGGCGAUUUCGACUGGGGCGAUAGCUCGCUCUACGAGACUAUGCUUCCCGCUAGCUUCAACUGUUUCGCCCGAAUAGGUGAAUAUGACGUGAUUUGCCAUCAUUGCUACAAAAACGUCGACAGCUACCAUCGCAGUGUGUCUGAGCGGAGUGAUAGCAAUGCCUCUUCUCGUGCCUCCGAUCUUCCCAAGGGGCUUACUGCUCAAUUGCCUGCGAAUUCUAUCUUGUUGGAUCCAUCCUUCAAGCUUGAGCAGCCGCCGUUUGGGGCAAACUUGAAUUCUGAACAUGAGGAACAACAUCCCCCGUCUCAUCAGAAUACUCCUCCGCCUGCAGAUCUCCCUGGGCAUCCUCCACCUCCGAAUACUCCUGAAAAUCCUCUUGUCAAUAAUCCUGAGGAUUCCCCUAAUCCUCCUGCAAAUCCGCCUCUGAAUUCGCCUCCAGAGUCUCCGGAUCAUUCGAACCCUUCUCUGCCAGAGGAAGAGGGAAUUCCUCUAGUGACUAUGUCUCAUUCAGACCAAGGACAUCGGGCAAGCCAAGCGUCUCAGGCAGCACAGGCGGCCCAGGCGGCCCAGGCAUUUCAGGCAUUUCAGGCAUUCCAGGCAUUACAGGAGAACGGGACUCAUACGCCAGGCCAUGCAGCUUCUGCAUCUGCAUCUGUUGAACAUACUCAACCUCAGACGAAUGGAGGAAGUGAAACUGCGACUUCGGGAGACAGUGGAAACAGCUCCUUUGGGAGGGGGCGUGCGCGACAUCGAGAUAGACUGAAUCGCCGGGGUCAGUUGUUUGAAGACGACGUGUCUGCCCCAGAAAUGGGGAUUGAUCGUAUUGAUUCUGUUGUUGCAGGGCUGUCAGGAAUCCUUGUUGAAACAGACGUGGUGAGUGUCUUGCAGUCUUGCAUUGUUAUUAGCCCGCCAUACUCGAUCCCCUCUUUCUACAGUAGCUGA